UUGCUCACUCCGGCAUUGAGGUAGUUAACAUGACACGGUUGGCUUGGCUUUACGGAGAAGUAGCAGGAAUGGGACAGUCUGCCCUCAGUGUAGACUAUUACCAGUGAGAGGGAAAGAAAAAGAAAACGAUCGACGUAAACCAGCGCGCGUGCAACACCUGCCACAGAAGUUAAUAGAAGCCCAGAAUGUGUUAGUGUCAGGGUUUUUAUUCUCGAAGUGUUUCAGGAGACAAUGUCUUAUGGAAACAAAACACCAUCGAUCCAGCGCCAAGGAAUGUGACAUCUACAAUCGUGUCGACGCUGAGUGGACUAACCUGCAUUUUAAAGGAAAGGCACAAUACAGGGGCGUCAAUGACAGCGGGCAAGGGGAGCUAAUCCAUGCAGCUGUCAGCCCGCGGGGUAUUAAGCCUCCAUUCUGAAGAUUCUUGGACCCCUGCCAGAGGAAUCCAAAGGUUUACUCUGCUGUUUUUGCUAUGGAGACCACCCAAACCCUCCUCCUCUUUUUCUUGGGUUGUUGUGUCUGCAGUUGCCAUGCCAACGCUCGCUCUGCCCCGAGAGUCCAUCUGUCUUACAAAGAGCUGAUGGAGACACGGACGGCACGUCCCUUCUCCUUCUCCUUCAACACCAGUGACUACAGGAUCCUGCACAUGGACCAGGACCAAGGCCGUCUCUACCUGGGCAGCCGGGAGUACCUGGUGGCUCUGGACAUGCAGAACAUCAACAAGGAGCCUCUUAUAAUCCACUGGCCAGCCACCACUCAGAGGAAAGGAGAAUGCAAAAUGACUGGAAAGGGUGGACAGGGAGAGUGUGCAAACUUUGUGCGUCUUAUUGAACCCUGGAACCGCACUCACUUGUAUACUUGCGGCACUGGAGCCUACAAACCCAUCUGCACCUUCAUUAACAGAGGAUGGAGAGCGGAGGAUUACCUCUUCAGACUGGUGCCAGGAUAUGUGGACUCAGGAAAAGGCAAAUGCUCCUAUGACCCUCGCCAGGCCAAUGCUGCUGCUCUCAUCAAUGGGAACCUGUAUGCAGGGGUCCAUGUUGAUUUCAUGGGCACAGACCCUGCCAUCUUCAGAACCCUGGGAAAUCGACCAGCUGUCCGGACUGAGCAAUAUGAUUCCAGAUGGCUGAAUGAACCAGUUUUUGUGAAGAUCCAGCAGAUCCCAGACAGUUCAGAGAAGAACGAUGACAAGCUCUACUUCUUCUUCAGGGAGAAGAGCCUGGAUGCAGCUGGCGGCAGCAUCCCCAGUGUGCUGUCCAGGGUGGGCCGGGUCUGCCUGAAUGAUGAUGGAGGUCAAAGGUCAUUGGUAAAUAAGUGGACCACCUUCCUGAAGGCUCGGUUGGUGUGCUCAGUGAUUGGCAGUGAUGGUGUGGAGACAUAUUUCGACGAGCUGAGGGACGUAUUCAUUCAGCCAACUCAGGACGAGCGCAAUCCUGUUGUGUAUGCUAUCUUUUCCACCGCGGGGUCAGUGUUCAAGGGCUCUGCUGUCUGUGUCUACUCUAUGUCUGACAUCCGCAACGUGUUCAAUGGCCCCUUCUCCCACAAGCAUGGCCACAACUACCAGUGGACCCCUUACACUGGCAAGAUCCCUUACCCUCGACCUGGAACGUGUCCAGGGGGAACAUUUACUCCUGGUCUUCGCUCCACCAAAGAGCUCCCUGACGACGCAGUGAACUUUGUGCGGGCCCACCCCCUCAUGUACCACUCUGUCUACCCCAUUCACAAGCGCCCCCUGGUGGUCCGCACAGGGGUGGACUACCGCUUUACUUCCAUAGUGGUAGACCUGGUGGACGCUGUGGAUGGGAGAUAUGAGGUGCUGUUCCUUGGAACAGAUCGCGGAACUGUCCAAAAAGUGAUAGUACUUCCUAAAGACACCAGCACCACAGAAGAGCUGACGUUAGAGGAAGUGGAGGUGUUCCGGGUUCCAGCUGCUAUCAAAACUAUGAAGAUAUCAUCCAAAAGGCAACAGCUGUACGUGUCAUCAGAGAGGGGUCUUACCCAGGUGUCCCUGCACAGAUGUGACGUCUAUGGGAAAGCCUGUUCUGACUGCUGUCUGGCCAGGGACCCCUACUGUGCCUGGGAUGGGGAGACCUGUGCCCCCUUUACUCCCUCCACCAAGAGGCGGAGCAGAAGACAAGACAUCAAACACGGAGAUCCCUUGAGACAGUGUCGAGGGUUCAAUGCAAAAGUAGAGAAGCGUCUGAGUGAGACAGUGCAGUUUGGGGUGGAAGGGAGCAGCACGUUCCUCGAGUGCCAACCCAGAUCUCCACAAGCUACAGUCAAAUGGCUCUACCAGAAAGAUGGCAGAAGGAAAUUGCUGAACCGAGAUCAUGAAGUGCUGAAAACAGGCCACGGGAUUCUGCUGAAGUCGCUGAUUCACGCGGACAGUGGGCUGUACCACUGCCUGGCCACAGAAAACAACUUUAAACACACCGUGGCCCGAGUGGCGCUCCGCAUCCUGGACAGGGAGAUAGUAGAGGCCCUCACUUCCCCUGACGCUCCCCCUUUCGAGGAAUCACAAAAUCCUCACCAGCAUCGGCACCAUCCCCCUCCUCCCCCACCCCCCCCCUCACAUACUCCCCCCACAGUUCUGUCCCAGCCAGAAAUCCGCCUCAUCAACCAGUACUGCCAGUCUUACUGGCUGCAGCUCAAUCCCAACCUGCCCACCAAGCGCACCAGCCGCAGGCACGCUGAGGGCCAUUCUGAGCACGAGACCCCCGGUGGGGCCUAGACCACCUUCUCAGAGCUUGUCACUUGUCUGUCACUACUGUUAUUUCGUUCAGUCUGAAAUCGAUUUGUCUCUUCCCAACCUUCCUUACCUCACCUGGGCACCAGCAAAAAUUGAAUGUUUUUGAAGCAAGAUCCAUUUUUUUUGUUUUUGGAGGUGCACACAUUGAUUGGGUAAAGCCUUUGAGCCAAUGGAGGGAAGGGUUUGGCCAGAGGUGUUCAGCUAAAGAGACAAAAGUCUACUGAAUUGUUUUAAUUUCUUAUAUUAGUGUGGCUACUGUUGAGUUGGGCCUUGUAUAAAAAGAGAUAGUACACCCAAAGUAUACUUUCUCUAAAAAACAAGCUAAUGUCUUUUGGACCACUGCCUGUUUUUUGUAAUAUAAUAUUGUCACUCUCUGUAGGAUGUCCUAAGUUUACAUGAUCAAGUCCUACAUGGUAGUUACAGGGUGUGGAGAUACUCUAUCACAACCAAUAAUGUGCCAGUUGCAAGCACAAACUUUUUAUUGAAACUAUCACUUACAAACAUGCUGAUCACAAAGCUUACCUAAAAAAACAUGAACAAUGUGCACAGUAUAUUGUUGUGAAGCGGUUCUACAAGCGUGUUUUUACAAAAUACAUUUUCAAGAUUAUAAUCAAACUAUUGGGUUUUUGCUUAAUUCACAUAAUUUCAAUAGCAUGCCACAGAAAAUAUUGAUAUUUUAAGAAACUCCUGAUUAAUUUGACCAAAUAUGUUUUUAGGAGCCGACCAAAAGAGUCUUUGCUUCUUUUUAUUUGUUGAGUUGCCCCCGAAAGUGCUGAUGUCAGAAGGCUGGUUCAAUAUCAAUUCUUAAUUGAUUAGCAUGAUUUGGAUAGAAUGUACAUGUAUCACUUAAAGUGACCCCAUGAUGCUUCAAUCUACACAGCAAUUCACCAGUAUUUUCAACACAGACACAUUUUCGGACCAAAGUCUGUACCAUUCUUUAGCCAAGAUAAUAGGGAUUUUAAUGUAAAUGCUAUUACAGAAUGCUUGGUUUGAAUUACUCUGAAACAUUAACGCAUUUGCUUUUACUAUUGCUGCAAGGAGAAAAAUACUGGAAGAUUUCACUAUAUUCAUUUUCUCUGUUGUUGAUUUUAAUUGCAAUGCAUGCUUCUAUUUCUGUGGGAUCUAAAGAACAGCCCAGACACUGAGAAUUUGAAUAUGUUACCCACGAGACUGUAGUAUAGACUAUUGUUUGACAUGUGGACUGAAUGGUCAAAUAUUUUGUCCUACAGUGUAUGUUUACUUCUUUAUGUUCCUGUACACUGUAAAACCUGAUAAGCUACAUUUCUUAAAAUGUUUUAAUCAAAUGAGUUGCCUAGAGCCAUUUGAGUUGAAGAACUGGAUGACGUGUAGUUUUUCCAGUUCUUCAACACAAAUGGCUCUAGGCAACUCAUUUGAUUAAAACAUUUAUUAAAGAUUAAAGUUGAGAUUAAAUAUGCCAGGUUUUAUAGUGUAUGUCCUAGCUUUUUGCGUCUUUCAAGCGCAAUCAUAUCAACCUAGACUUCCAUAAUGAUUAUCAAUAUACUCACAGACACUCAUAAGCGGUCAUGUUUGUCAAACUCACAAUAUUCCCACUUUGUGUCUUGUGCUCCUGUCAGUCACAAUGUACAAAAUGUAUUAACCAUUGACUUUUUCAUGAUCCCAGUGCUCUCUCUCACCCACUCCAUGAAACAUAUUUAUUUUGAGUCUGUACAUAUUCCUGUAAGUUCUGCACUUUGGUGGUGGGAGUGUGAGGGCCGGGCUAUGAUAGGGGUGACAACGUUAUUGUGUGUAUUGAUUAACAGGACCAGUAUUCAUACAGUAGAAAAAGGGGAACUUCAUAUCACCCUUCUAAAUGUAUUGGAAGUGAUACUGUGAUAUGGAAGCAAGCUGACAGAAUACAACACUGAACCUAAACAAACCUGAAAUUAUUGACUGCCUGCAUUUUCACACAGGAUAUUCCGAUUUGGCCAUAGGUAUUAAAGAUACAUAUAGUUUUUUGCAUAGCUGUAGGGUUCGACGAAUCUACCUCUGGGCAGCUUCUGUGGAACAUCAUGUAUACCUGUAUAUACCUAUACAAAAUAACUCCAGAAAGCAAUCAAUGGCUUGGUACCAUUUUCCCUGGUUUGUGAAAUUAUCUAAGACUGAGAUGAGUGUUUAAAAUUAAGAGAAGGGUUAGACCACCUCCAUUUUGGUCUUUCAGAUGCCGCCUUUUCAUCUGUAUACUGUAGACUCUACAGUGUAGAGUAUACAUCACUAGCCACCCAGUGAGUGGCUUAGAUCUAAACAAAGAUGGGGACUCCAGAUUAAUGGAAUUAUGGAUUUGAGCACAAUUCACAACCAUUUUUGCAGGGAAUACUGUGUAUUGAGCUUUUGUUUGUCUCACUCUUUGGGAUUCUGUGUUUGUUGUUGAGAUAUAUUGAACUACAUUGGUGUUUAUUUACUGAUCAUGUGUAGACUAGAUGUGUUUGUGAUAGCUUAAAUUGUCAGGAUUGUUGUAAUAAAUAUUAUUUUAUUAUUAUUUACCUAUUUAAA